AAAGAACAAUAAGGAGAAACAGACUAGCACAUAAUCACCAAUCAUCUUCACAGGCUCUGUUGUGAUUCAUAGAAACUAAUAGAAUGUCUCCAUCAAUGAAAUCAAAAUCCAAGUCCAAGGAGAAGGUCUCUGCAGGAGCUGGUAAGGAACAACAGAAAACUUCUCCAAAGACUUCUGGGUCUACUAAUCAUGGGAGUGGCAUUCCUGCUAGUGCAUACAAUCCCAUCUUGGGAACAUUUCAAGCUCUAGAAACAUCAUUGGUUGCUUCUUAUGCUCCAAUUCAUGACAACAGCCAUUUCCCAAAAAUAGAUUAUACAGAUGAGAAUUCUAGUAGUCCUCAAGGAACUGUGUCUGAGUAUGAUUCAGUUUCUAAUAAUAGCAGCUGCUCUGGUGAAUCAGAAGACCCUAAAGAGAAAUUAACAAACUCUUCUUUGCGGCUUGAUGUUAUUCCCGGUUGUAAUGACAGAAGGGAGAAGAUCCGGCUUAAGAAUGUGAGGAAGCACCAGAGGCAGAGGGAAAAGAGAGCUCAGGAGUUGCAUGACCGGUGCAAUGGGUAUCUAAUGUUGAGAAAGCUAGAAGCACUUGCACAACAGCUAGUGGCAAUGGGGUUCUCUUCUGAGAGAGCAACGUUGAGAAACAGUUCUGGCAAUAAUAGGAUGGCCAGUUCAUGCAUGACUGGAUUGCAAAAUGUUAGCAUGGCUAAGGAAACUUCAACAACGUCUGGCUUGCGAGAGUGGACCACUCAUUUUGCUGGGAAAGACAUAUUCAGUGUUUCCAGGCAAUUUGUUACCUCUCCUCCUAUGUAG